AAUUUAAUCUGUGGUUACACGACUGACGUGAAUCGAAAAAUACCAAUUUUUCGUGAUCGCCCUGAUUUGAUUUCAUUUAGAUGUAAUUUAUUGUGCAGUAAUCGUGAUACGUGAAACUUAACGUGUUGUGUAAAAACAAUUGUUAAAUCUAAGUGAUGAUGUGAUUUUAUUAAAGUAUAUUGAUAAAAAAUGGAGACUACAACAAAUCAGAAGGUGUCCUGUAUAGUCAACUAUUCAUAUGAUGCAUCCGAAACAGACGAGUUGACAAUAAGACCGGGUGAAAUUCUAAGAGAUGUGGAGAGGCUGCCGGGCGGGUGGUGGAAAGGGGAGCUGCGGGGUCGCCGUGGCAUGUUCCCGGAUAACUUUGUGUCUGUUGUAACAGAACAAAAUAAUGCACGGCCGGGUCAAGGAGUGCAAGGUCGGUGUCGAGCUGUCUUCAGCUACCAGCCGGCCAACCCUGACGAGCUACCGCUGUGUGUUGGCGACGUCCUUGAAGUACUCGGGGAGGUAGAGGAGGGGUGGUGGCAGGGGAGGCGUUCGGGGCGGGUGGGCGUGUUCCCAUCCAACUUCGUGGUCAUGCUGGAGCCGGCGCCCGCGCAGCCCGCGCCCUGCGAGCCGGCGCCCGCCUUGCCGCCUAAACCAGUGAAGGAGCAAUGCCGCGUGCUGUUCCCGUACACUGCGGUGAACGAUGACGAGCUGACGCUGGAGGAGGGCGAGAUCGUGAACAUCGUGUCGAAGGACGCGCCCGACCGCGGCUGGUGGAAGGGCGAGCUUCACGGCCGCGUCGGCUUGUUCCCAGACAACUUCGUGCAGUUGUUGCCGGCAGUAGCUCAAGAGAUCGAAGAGAAGAAGCCCGAGCGACCACCGGGGAAAAACGCAAACGCCAACGCCUUGUAUCCCAUACUAAACAAAUACACCGAGAAAACUGCCUCUAUCAAGGAACUGACCACGUCUAAAGUAAGCAUGCACAAAGAAAACACAUUAAGCAAAGAGACGAGCACACAGAGUACAAUAACGCACACAAACAAAAGCGAAUCGGAAAAAUUAAUACACAACGAGACAGUGGCAGAUGGAACACUUGAUGGACAAGUGAAAAAGCCUCCAGUUCCAUUGAAAAAAAGUCCCACACCGACGUCGAGUGUCGGCGGUUUGUUUAGCGGGCUCAAAAAAUCAAUAAUGUCCUCGUCGGAAAAGACAGAAAAGUCUUCAACGACGGUAUCGAGCGGCAGCAGCAGCAGCGGCGAGUGGGACCGCACCGACGGCAGUGCGGCCAGCAAGCCCAGUCCCGUCACCAAUACCGCCAACGCCAACACCAACGCCAACGUCAUAGCCAACAACACCACCAACACAUUUGACCACGUCGAGAGGAAUUCGAUACUCAAUGAUCCGAGAGCUGGCAGAGUGAAGGCUCCUCGACGGCGGCCGCCUAGUCAAGUGUUGCGCGACGACACGCCACAACAAAUAGGACUGACCAACGGACAUGAAGUGCCAACGGAAAAGCCAGUAUCAGACAAAGCCGAGGAAGUGCGGCCGCGCACUCGCGAGUGGGAGAAGCACAAGGCGCCGUGGAUGGAGGAGCUGAAGCUGAACCAGGCGAAGAAGACCAGCUUCGGCUCGGAAGGGAAGUCACGAUCAGUGUCCACUUCGUCCGAAGCGAGCGGCGUGGCUAGCAAAGCCGGUGGAGGCAGUACUGACAGGAUUUUGGAUUGUGGUCUGGAGGAAAAACGUUCGAGUCAUUCAAUGGAGAUGUCUAAGAGCACUUCGUCGAUCAGCAAUCGAAUAUCUGUAUUAGAAACCCUGGAGACAAGUUUAGAGGAGAUCGACCAGGGCGCUGAAGCCUUGGCGGUAGACAUGCAAACUGAAAAGGAUGAAGCCCCAUCGAAGAAGCGACGCCAAAAAAUCCUGUCACCACACGCGUUCCAGGAACUGCUGCGAAAGAAGCGCGCUCUGCGCAGAUUCUGGAUGCGCACCCGCUGUCCGACGGCCAAGCGUGAGCUGAACCGUCUUGGAGAGAAGUUAAAAAAUCGACAGACAGGAGAUCCGAAAAAUCCCUCCGAACGGCCUCCAGACCUGCCCACGAGCAAGCCGCCCCAACUACAGUCUCCCACCGCUGCCGGUCGAACUCUCACCGCCAUGUUAGAAGACAUCAAGAAGCCGCCGGCGCCCUCUCCACCGACCGCGUUCACGCGAACGACGAACGAAACCACCGACAAAUCGCCCAACAGAUCCGACAAACUGACGCCUAUCGACAAACAGGAGAUCAGCUCGAUAAGCAAAAUGUCGAGUAUCGUCGAGAAAUCCAGUAGCAGUAGUGUUGAGAAGUUGGAAGAGAAGACGAUCAGUUCGGGAACGUUGGAGAGGCGGCUACACCCGCUUAAAUCUGAUAAACCAACAGAGUUAUCUGAGAGAGGCCCUGAGGCUUUGAUCGCUCAGCUCAAUAACAGAAUAUUAAACUUAGAGAAGCUAUUAGAAGUACAAAACGCAAAAUUCAACGCUGCCAUUGAAGACCUGACCGACAAACUGAAACUGGAGUCGGACAAGCGUCACGCACUACAGCUGGAGAUUGAGAAGUUGGCUCACUGUGUAACGCAGGUGUAACCUCGGAGUUAUAAGUAAGUGUUGUAGUGUAUGCAGUGACGUGCACAAGGUUUUUAACUAGGGUAGGCUCCUCCAAUACAGGUUUAUAAUGAAUCCUAACGGUAUGCUCUGCGUUUAUGCAUCUAUGAAGUGCACGCCACUGAAUGUAUGCGAUAGGGCACAUAAUACGUAGUACGGUUUGUUAUACAAAGGUCAUUGAACCUAUCUGGCACAAUGAAUCCGCCGCCAUUUUAAUCGGCUCGGUUCAAUGAAAUUGGUUUGUUUGGUUAACACGGUAACUUAAAGUGACAGGAAAUGGAAAAAUUAAUGUUUAGAGUUUUAAAUUAUUGUUGUUGUACUCAUAUGUUGAUCUUUACCUCUAAAUAUCGGCACGUAACACUUCAGGUACUUUUUAUUACUUGACAGUUUUGUUUAUCUAUUCAAGUCCUCUACCCAUACAAACCACGUUCAUGCACCGAGAUUUCGAAAAAAUAUCAAAUUGGCGCCGUUUAUGCCACCUUCCAAAAAAAAGUUCGAACGCUCUUUAUGAACUGAUUCUGUACGUACAAGCUAAGUCCGUUUUUAGAUGAAAUAUGAAAUUAUGGUGGCGACCUAGAUAAGGGUGCAUUUUUACUUUUUACCCUAAUGCCGUGUGACUUUCUUUUAUGUCCACGCUGGCGUGGGGAUUUAAACGGUACUAAGUUCAACAAGUUUUACAUUCAUAAGAUACGUUUUAUUAAAUUAAAAGUUAUGAUUUUUACGCUGAAAGAAAUGUUUUUUUGUUUUAAAACAAAAAAAAUUGAGAUAUAUUUGUUUUUAGUUUCUCGGAAAGCCACGAACUUUUCCCCUAAUAUUAAAUAUGAAAUCUUUUAAAGUUUACCAAACCUUGAAUAAGUAAGCAAGAAAAACAGCUAAAAUAUGAUUGUUCUUAAUUUUACUAAAUAUGUCUCUUGGAUGUUUAUCCAACAUUUCUUGUUCCAAAAGACAUUUUAUCAUUUAAAUGGUGGUAGGACACCAAGAUGAAUUAAUUAUUAAAUUAAUAAUCAAUUUGUAAAUUUUUAUCCAUACAUUUUUAUAUGGUUAGAUCAUUGGUACCAGUAUGGACCUUUAACUUUUAGGCCGAAUUCUUAAAAUUCAAUUUUAUAUUAAAUUAUUAAUAUAUAGCAUGUUUCAAAAUAACUGUGGAGGAAAUACUACAUUAUUUGAUUUACAUUAUUCAAUAAUAAAAUUAAAUAUUGCUUCAUUUAAUUGAUGGCAACGAAUUGUUAGUUUUGGGCAGAUUUAACAUAUUUUUGUUAUUAUUUUGUAUCGCUUGUGAUAUAAUAAAUUCCUUAGCAAUUCUGCGCGUACUUAAGGCACAUAGAUUAUAGGAAGGUAAAGGCCUUAAUUAUAGUAUAAUUUGAUAUUUAAUAUUAUCACGUAAGAUGUUGUUGAGAAUGUUGUAAUUUUUUUAAAUAUAGCUCUUUGUUUUAUCGUCUUAAGUGCUAUAGUGUAGUCUGAAUUUUUAUAUGUAAGGUUCUAUAAUUCUAUAUGUUAUGAGUAUGACAUUAUAAUACUAUUCAGUAUAUUCGUUCAAGCAUUUGAUAAUGAAUGAUAAACGUGGUCAUACAUUGUCAUAUUGAUGAGUGAUUCCUUAAGUUAAAUAAUAUGCUGGGAUAUUGCAACUUGUGUUGAUGUAUUAUGGCCUAAGCCACUAACCUAAUUUUAUGAAGGGUGAAAAUUCAACAGUCUAUAUGCUUUUAAUAUUUUCCACGGCAUAUUAUGUAAGAAGUCAUGUCCCCAGUCGCCAAUGACUUACCUUUUUUUUAUAUAUUCUUUACAAGUUAGCCCAUGACUACAAUCUCACCUGAUAGUAAGUGAUGCUGCAACCUAAGAGUGAAGCGGGCUGACUUGAGGAGGAUGAAAAUCUACACCCUUUCGGUUUCUACAGUACAUCAAAAAUGAAUCUAUAUAUCCCUUGGUCACGCCAUCACGCGUGAACCGAAUUUGCUAUUUUUUUUAUGUGUUUGUUAUUGUCAGGAGAAGGUUUCUAAAGACAGAAAAAAAUUAAAAAAUUGCGCGGAAAAUUAGAAAAAGAGUAGGGGUACUUGAAAGUUUACAUCGAGUUUCAUGUCUGGCUACCUCAGGCUUUUGUUCUAUUAUUUUCCGUAUAUCUAUCCUGCUGUUCCAUUUAGCUAUAUACUGUAAUCAUAUUUUUUAUUACAUUGCUACAAAAUAUUUAAGAAUUAAAAACUUUAUUUACUUAAUUUCGAUGAAUUUGCCAAAUAAUUUUUAAUUGUGUCAUGAAUGUAAUAAAAUAUGAAAAACACUACGGCCAAGUAUGGUAAUAUUUUUAUUUUGUUUUUAUGGGAUACUGUAUGAGUUAUUUUUUUAAGCGAUUUCAGCGUGAAUCGUACUAUCAAAUGCAGUAUUGAUAGUAAUUUUGUGAGUUGAUUGUACAUAAAAGUUCAAACGGUAAAUUCUGAAUACAAAAUUCGUGCCAUUUAUAUUUGUUUGUACAUUGAGAAUAUUAAUUAUUAUACUAAGUCAGCGCUAAAGUAGACAUGUAGAAUAAAGGCAUUUCGUUCUAAUGUGAUUUGCACAUUCCAUGCUUUUAUACUGUACAUAUCACGGUUAUGAAUGGGCUCAUUAUUUUUUAUGUAUUUAAAACAAGUAACUGUGUGACUAUUUAUAACGUAUUUCAACCGUAUUCUGGUAAAAUUUCGACCGCAUUAAGUGUUGUAAACUCACGCAUAAAGAGAAUGACCCAAACAACGUGACUUUCUCACCCUUUUUCGAGUUAUAUAUUUGAAUUUUAGCGAAACGCCGUAUUAAUGAAGACAACAGUCAUCCUUUACCUUGUCCCACUUUAAGUGGGGUCGGCAAAAUUAUGUAUAUCUCCACCAUUCGUCUCUAUUAGUCGUCAAGUCAUCAUCGAGGUUGUUGAAAAAAGAAAAAGAACGAGAAAGAGGGUAGAUCGAUUGUGCCCCUAACAACUGAUGUCAACUUCGCAUCUCGCAACUUCAGUCCCGUCGUGACCACGAUCCAUGCAACUGGGUCGAAAUAUCGACUUUGAAAACCUCGCCGUUUUAUCGUGGUAUGUACCCGUUUAAAUAAUAUCCAUAAUGAACAACCACGAAAUAAGUUUAAAAUCAUAAGUCAUCAUCCCUUUACAUACGUGCCCUCAUUUACACACUCCAACGAUCUCUUCUUUGGCAUUCCUUUCCACCAAUUGCAAUUUCAACAUUCUUCUGUGACUGAAAGACAACCAUAAAUGAAAGCAAAUCAAUUUUUCGAAGUUUCUGUUUACAAAAAAAAAAAUUAAAACCAUAUUUAUGAAUUGCUAUGUGAAAACUUGAGAAGGGUCUUGACAUUACUACGGGCGUUUACCAAGAAAGUGAGUUAAAAAGCGUCAUGAAAAAUAAGUAAGCGUAGAUUCCCUAAGCCAUAAUAAUCGGUCCUUUUGAUAUGUUUAGUAUGUUUACUUAAAUACGUAUGAAUUACAUAAAUUUUACAUCGGGAGCCAUGUUCUACUAGUGUUAAUAUAUAUUUUGUAUUUGUACAAAUUUUAAUAUAUGUCCGUAACAGUGUACCUUUUUGUAAAACAUAUCUUUCUUUCGUUUGUUGUAUGUACAAUAUUGACGAGUAAUUAUUUACAUUCAGAUUGUAAUGAAAUAUUUAUAAGUAAUGCAAUAUUUAUAUGUUAGCGUAUGUACCGCUAUGGAGGAAUAUAUAUUUGUGGAAAUCCGCAGACCAGUCAAAUUUUCUUUUGGAAAAUCCAUAAUAUAAAAUAAUCCAUAAUGUGAAAGUUAUUCUUAUCCCACCUAAACCGCUAAACAAAAUUUUGUACAUUUUAGUAUAGAGAUAGAUAUUAGGAGGAAUAAAAUAUUUUUGUUGCGAAAAUGUUCAAGAUAUGGAUUUAUAAGUUCACCCUUUUGAAUAAUGAAAAUUGGAAAAUAAAUUGGCUAGUUUACCAGAAAGAUCGCGGCGGUACCGCUCUUGUAGAAUGUAACUUUUAUUAAUAUCGGUUAAGAGCAUUAAAACUAUAUGCAAGAUUUGUAGGUUGUGUUGUACCAUCCAAUAUUUACACGUUUUGUUGAAUUACUUGGAACUACUAUGAAAUAUUAAUUUAUAUCGAAGAUAAUUGUGGGGCUAUUUGCCUUCAUUUCAUUUCUAAAUUUGUUUUGUACAGUUGCCAUUAAUUUCCUAUUACCAAUCUUUCAUUAAGAAACAGUUAGUGGUAUCGAUCGAUUAAUUAAACAAAUCAGUGUUUGAAUGCUAUCUCGCGUGUUCUGUAUUGAAGUCUAUGAUUAUGAUUGUAGUUAAAUUAUUAUACCUAUUAGAGUAGUAUGCAAUAAUUAAAAAUAUUAUUUAAUAUAAAUUACUUUACUGGUUUUAAUGUUUUUUAUGUAUUAUACAGUUUCGUAAGAUCAAUAGUAUUGCGACAAAAUCCUAGAGCUCCACAAAUAUUUUCGCUUUGUUUGUCAAUCACAACAUGAAUUGAUUUGUACAAUAAUUGUACAUUAUAGUAUAGAGUCUUGCGUUAUACAAAUAUUCCACUAAGUUUUAAAACAUUGUAAAUAUCGGAUUGUAACAGAUUUAUUUUUUGUUACAUAUUUAUAGUGUAUUCAAAAAUUACGUAGCAAUUUACAUCAGUUUAAAAUAUUAAUGAAUGCUUGAUGGUUGUAGCUUAUGUGAUAAAUAAUGCCUAACGCAUAGAAAUCUUUAAUUUGGAAAACAUAUAAAUGGCUUUAAAUAGUGCACAAAUAUGUCACAUAAUGAAAGUUUAUAGAAUUUUUAUUAUGCAAAAUUAACGCUUAUGUAAUAUAGAAAUUAAAUAUUCACACAUAAUGUAGGUAGUACAAAACAAUAAUUUUAGUAUUCGAUAUUCUUAAACUGAAAAAUAACACACAUCAAGGCAAUAUAUCUAACUUCCAUUGAUGAAUAAUAUUUUUAUUAUACAUACUAUUAGUUUCAAGUUAUGAACUUCUUUGUAUUUCUAAUAAAUCGUACAAACGACAACGUUGUGCCAUAUCAUAACUUAAGUUAGAAAUCAAAUCGUGAAAGUUCAAUGUAAUGGGAAUUAUAAUAUCUAAACUUGGCACAAUUUAACAGUAGAAUUUCGUCAAUUUAUAUUUCAUCUUAGUAGAUAUGAGAAGUUUAUUACGUAAACUUGUGGCUUUUAUAUCUUAUUCGUUAUUUUUAAUUCAGUGUUAUAUUGAUUAAAACGAUUGUUUAAUUUAGAUUUAUUCUAGAUUAUAACAAAAAUAAUUAGAAUUUACAUUCGGUGUCUAUUUUGUGUAUAUUCGCAUUUGAAAUUAAAUUUAUUUUAUCGUGCACAGCAGGAACUUGGUGCGAAUGCUAAUGCAUUUUAGAAUAGGUACUGUCACUUGACAUCAGAUAAAAACGCAGCCAAGCCAAGAAACGUAUUCAUAAAAAAAUACAAAUUUAAGUAUACCAAACCAACGAUGUACGUGAAAAUCUGGUCCUCGCAGUUAUUUGAUAUACUGAAAAUAGAUACCUCGCCGUUUCCCGCCUUUGUACACAUACAUAUAUUAGAUGGUCAUUUUCUUUUUCUAAGCUUGUUAUCUAGUGAUUACUGGAGAAACAGUUGAAUAUUAUAUACUUAUCUAUAGAAAUAGUUGGUCUAUAAUUUAAUGCACUUUCAAACUACGGGUUCAUCAAAACCUUUAUAAAAUUAAUUUUAUAACAAGCUGCCAUUAUAAAAAUAUAGCUAUCGUAUUUAUCAUUAAAAUAUUAGCAGAUUUGUGCAUUUUACUAUAAUGCCCAUAUCUUGAUUACGCUGUAAAUCACUGGAAUAAAACCAGUCUUAAACUGAUUAUUAGAUAUUAUUUAAUAAAUGACAAUAAUUUUGACAUUAUAACGGUUCAAUCUUUUGACUAUUGAGCCGUUAUAAUGUUGGAAAUGGGCCCAGCAUGAAAAUGGUCGGUUUCCUUUCUUUUUUCCUCUGACGUCAUAUCCCGCACGCUUGUGCGGGCCGCGCGGACAAAUACUCGGUUAAGAACGUUGCCUGUAGCAAUGUAUGUGCGAUGUAUUAUGUCAAAAAACAUGCUUACAAACAUCGAAUCAAUCUUGUUUCUUCGGAAACAGAUGUCGUUGCGACAUGGUUCAUGUUCCGAUUUAAAGAGUUAUAAAAAGGUUAAAUAUCCUUUUACUUAGAAUUAUUGUGUAAAAUGUGAUUUACAAAUGAGUUCAUAACCCUUAUUAUUCUGCAUAUAAACGUAAUAAUGAAAUGCCGUUAACAAUCGUUUCCUAAGUUAUUCCUAAAAGCUUUGUAAUCGGCUACAAAAUGUUUGUUAGGGACGUUGUAUAUAGACAAAUGUUUCUUUCUUUAUGAAUGUAAUAACUAUUUUAUAGUAAUUAAUAUUAAUUGUCAUUACAGUAGAUAUGAUGGACGGUACAUAGCAACAUUACAACAGAGGCUUUAAGGUCGCAGCUCAUUACAGCCACCCGACCCGAUCUGCAUUACCUCGCCCGGUGACAGCUUACGAGCGAUCUGCGGCCUUAUUAUGUAUGUCAGUGUACCAUUAAAACAAAAUGAGUCACUAGAUCGAUUUAUGUCGUAUUUUCGUUUUUGAGAUCAUCUAACAUAGGUAAUCCUACGAAAUGCCAUUUUACAUCAAGUGGCAAUGAUGUUUUGUUUUAACAUUCAACAAAAUUACGUAUACACUUUAUAAUAACGUUAAAACUUGCUAAUGUAACUUCCACAACUGUACUAAUGUAACUUUACGUAAAAUAACCUGUUAAAUACUCGCAAAAACUAAAAUACGAUGAGAAACGACGUAGUGACUGAUAAAUGGUACUCCAAGAUACUCUUCUGGUGAUGUUAGAAAGAACACAACCUAACAAGGCGAGGCGGUGCAAAUAGUGCUGGGUGGCCCUAAUGAUAUACAUCCCUUUCGUGACGUACAUCUACUGCAUUAUUACCUAAUUUAAAUUAUUAUUAUUCCAGAAUUCAUUUUAGUCCGCGUACCUGAAAUCUUUACAACGACCUUCUUGUUCCAAAUAUAUUUCCGAAUGUAUGAAAUAUGAAUGUAUUAAACAUUAAAUUAAGUAUGUUUGUAAACUUAUUAUGUAAAUUAUUUUAAGCUGGCGCGUAGAUAUUUACACAGUGCAGUGUAUGAAUACGCACAAGACACAAUAAGCACUAAAUUUCAAAUUUUGCCCUUUUUCAUAAACACCACACAAACAAUAUGUGUAUGUGUGCACGCGCAAGUGUAACUUAAUUUGCUAUACUAACUUAGUUGGAUAUAUAUAAUAAUGUUUUAUCAUAUAAUUAAUGAUUGGCAGUUCCGGCCAAAAUUUUUACAACCAUUUUCAAUGUCAAUAAGUUGUUUUAUAACAUUAUGAUUAAUCUAAAAGACAUACCUACAUUUAUUUUUAUGUAAAUUAAUAUUUGCCUGGCACCUCAAUACGUUCACACCCAUGCCUGUGUAGCUUUGAGCUUAUGAUACGUGACGUCAUAUUGAAAAUGACACCUGGCAUUCAUUCAUAGACACACAAUAUUGAAGUGCCAGGUAAAAAAAGUUUACAUAAAUAUUUAUACUUACUAUCUAUUUUUACAUAUUUAUGUCAACUAAUUGAAAUGAAAAUAUUAAUUAUGAUGAGUUCUGACUGAUGUAAGAUUCAAUGGUUUGGGCAUACACACUCUAAAGUAAAGCAUUGGCUGGAAAAAUGUUUAAAUUUAUUAAAGUUGUUAAGGUAUUUAUAUUUAUUUAACUACAAAAAGGCCAAUAACUGCAUUUAUUAACUCCGAUGUACAUACCUAUAAAUAUUAUGUAGGGAUUUUAAAUGUACAUACAAAGCUUGGCGGGGAAGUAGCUACAUUUGUAACGUGUUGCGGGCUUUAUGAGAUAAACCGCAUUUUAACAUUGUAUGAUAUAGGACAAUUUAGUACUUAAUUUAUUUUCUAUAUACAAUACUGUCCCGUCUCCAUGCAUUCCUAAAGGAUCCUUUUCAAGGAUUAGUAUAUUCUUAUUAUGAAGAAAAAUAAAUAAAUUUAUGACUG